GGAAGCCGAGGACAGCGGCGAGCGGCCGGCAUUUUCACAAGUCAGCGCUGCUGAUGAGCCACAGGGACAGCCUCGCCCCACCCUCCCGAGGUCAGCGAGCAGUUAAUGCGGAAGGUGAAGAAGUUGCGUCUGGACAACGAAAACUCGGAAGGCUGGAGAAGCUUGUCACUGCAUUCCGAGGGAGCUGAGAGGAUGUCCUGCGGGGCCCCGGUGACGGAGCGGGCCGACGCGGGUGACAUGGACGACCCUGCAGCCCGCUUCCAGGUGCAGAAGCACUCGUGGGACGGGCUCCGCAGCAUCAUCCACGGCAGCCGCAAGUACUCGGGCCUCAUUGUCAACAAGGCCCCGCACGACUUCCAGUUUGUGCAGAAGGCAGACGAGUCGGGCCCCCACUCCCACCGCCUCUACUACCUGGGGAUGCCCUACGGCAGCCGGGAGAACUCCCUCCUCUACUCGGAGAUCCCCAAGAAGGUGCGCAAGGAGGCCCUGCUGCUGCUGUCCUGGAAGCAGAUGCUGGACCACUUCCAGGCCACGCCCCACCACGGGGUGUACUCACGGGAGGAGGAGCUGCUGCGGGAGCGGAAGCGCCUGGGCGUCUUCGGCAUCACCUCCUACGACUUCCACAGCGAGAGCGGCCUCUUCCUCUUCCAGGCCAGCAACAGCCUCUUCCACUGCCGGGACGGCGGCAAGAACGGCUUCAUGGUGUCCCCCAUGAAGCCCCUGGAGAUCAAGACCCAGUGCUCGGGGCCCCGGAUGGACCCCAAGAUCUGCCCCGCAGACCCCGCCUUCUUCUCCUUCAUCAACAACAGCGACCUAUGGGUGGCCAACAUCGAGACGGGCGAGGAGCGGCGACUGACCUUUUGCCACAGGGGUUUGUCCAAUGUCCUGGACGACCCCAAAUCUGCUGGCGUCGCCACCUUCGUCAUCCAGGAGGAGUUCGACCGCUUCACAGGCUGCUGGUGGUGUCCUACGGCCACCUGGGAAGGGUCAGAAGGCCUCAAGACGCUGCGCAUACUGUAUGAGGAAGUGGACGAGUCGGAGGUGGAAGUCAUCCAUGUCCCCUCUCCUGCCUUGGAGGAGCGGAAGACUGACUCCUACCGCUACCCCAGGACAGGCAGCAAGAAUCCCAAGAUCGCCCUGAAGCUGGCCGAGUUCCAGACGGACGGUCAGGGCAAGAUCGUGUCGGCUCGUGGGAAGGAGCUGGUGCAGCCCUUCAGCUCGCUGUUCCCCAAGGUGGAGUACAUCGCCAGGGCUGGGUGGACCCGGGACGGCAAGUACGCCUGGGCCAUGUUCCUGGACCGGCCGCAGCAGCGACUCCAGCUGGUCCUCCUCCCGCCUGCCCUGUUCAUCCCGACCCCUGAGAGCGAAGAGCAGCGGCUGGCCUUCGCCAGAGCGGUCCCCCAGGACGUGCAGCCACACGUGGUGUACGAGGAGGUCACCAACGUCUGGAUCAAUGUGCACGACAUCUUCUACCCCUUCCCUCAGCCUGAGGGCACCGAGGAAUUCUGCUUCCUCCGAGCCAAUGAGUGCAAGACUGGCUUCUGCCACCUGUACAAAGUCACCGCCAUCCUCAAGUCCAACGGCUAUGACUGGACCCAGCCCCUCAGCCCUGGUGAAGAUGAAUUUAAAAGCCUCAUUAAGGAGGAGAUCGCUCUGACCAGUGGUGAAUGGGAGGUUCUGGCCAGACACGGCUCCAAGAUCUGGGUCAAUGAGGAGACCAAGCUGGUGUACUUCCAAGGCACAAAGGACACGCCACUGGAGCACCACCUCUACGUGGUCAGCUACGAGUCUGCCGGCGAGAUCGUGCGCCUCACCACGCCCGGCUUCUCCCACAGCUGCUCCAUGAGCCAGAGCUUCGACAUGUUCAUCAGCCACUACAGCAGCGUGAGCACCCCGCCCUGCGUGCACGUCUACAAGCUGAGCGGGCCCGACGACGACCCCCUGCACAAGCAGCCCCGCUUCUGGGCCAGCAUGAUGGAGGCAGCCAGCUGCCCCCCGGAUUACGUGCCUCCGGAAAUCUUCCACUUCCACACGCGGUCGGACGUGCGGCUCUACGGCAUGAUCUACAAGCCGCACACCCUGCAGCCGGGGAAGAAGCACCCCACUGUGCUCUUUGUGUACGGGGGCCCCCAGGUGCAGCUGGUGAACAACUCCUUCAAGGGCAUCAAGUACCUGCGGCUCAACACGCUGGCUUCCCUGGGCUACGCCGUGGUGGUCAUCGACGGCCGGGGCUCCUGCCAACGAGGGCUUCGGUUCGAAGGGGCCCUGAAAAACCAGAUGGGCCAGGUGGAGAUCGAAGACCAGGUGGAGGGCUUGCAGUUCGUGGCGCAGAAGUACGGCUUCAUCGACCUGAGUCGCGUGGCCAUCCACGGCUGGUCCUACGGGGGCUUCCUCUCGCUCAUGGGGCUGAUCCACAAGCCCCAGGUGUUCAAGGUGGCCAUCGCGGGGGCCCCUGUCACCGUCUGGAUGGCCUACGACACAGGGUACACGGAGCGCUACAUGGACGUUCCAGAAAACAACCAGCAUGGCUAUGACGCGGGUUCCGUGGCCCUGCACGUGGAGAAGCUGCCCAACGAGCCCAACCGCCUGCUCAUCCUUCACGGCUUCCUGGACGAAAACGUGCACUUUUUCCACACCAACUUCCUCGUCUCCCAGCUGAUCCGGGCCGGGAAGCCCUACCAGCUCCAGAUCUACCCCAACGAGAGACACAGCAUCCGCUGCCCCGAGUCGGGCGAGCACUACGAGGUCACGCUGCUGCACUUCCUGCAGGAAUACCUCUGAGCCGCCAGGAGCUCCACACCAGAGCACAAGGGCCUCUGCGGCUGCCACCACCGCAGGGGACCAGGCUGCCACCCUGCGGGGGACCAGGCCGGCAGGACCUGGUGGCCACAGGCCCUGUGGAGGUGCUUCCUCCCAGCACCCGCCAGACAGCCCUGGAGCCGGGGAGCCGCUGCCUUCGUGCCCUGAAGCCUUGGUUUUCUCUUCACUGCUCCUGGGUUCUUUGCUUGCUGCUUCGUGGUUGCCAGGACAGAGAUGGUGGCCUCUCUCCACGAGGCACUGCCUCGAGUCGUCCCUCCUCGCCCUGCCUUCUGGAAGGAGAAGGCCAUGUCCCCACCGGGCACUGGAGACACAGAAGAGACUGGGGGCCGGGAGGCUCCCACCUACCUGCCCUGGGUCUCCACCCUGUGGCUCGGGCCUCUCCUCCCCACCCCCGGCCAGCCACCGUCCCCAGCACAGGAGCAUGCAGACGCCUGUCCUCCCGCCGGCCACCCACUUCAUAUCUGUGUUGUGUUUUGGGGGUCAUUUUAAAUAAUUAUUUAAAAGACAGAAAGCAAGGGGUACCUGAAUCAGAACCGGGCGUGCGCUGGACGGUGGCGCUGCGGCCCAGCCGAGGUGCCUGAGCCUACUCCCCAGCCCAGGGCAGAGCUGCAGGGCCGCCCCGGUGCCGUCCGCAGCUCUCUGGUGGCUCUGGGUGCCUGUGGCUGCCGGCCCCUCACUAGCCCAGUGGCAGCCACAUGCCUGGCCCCCGUGUGCCAGGUUCUGGGGUUGGGAGCUGGAAACGCCCCACCUCGGGGUCCCACUCUCCCUUUGCCUCCCUGCCAAGAGAUCAGGCGAACAGAAAAGAAGAAAGAAAAGGAAAAAACAGGAACACCUCUACAUAUUAUGGAAAGAAAAUAUUUUUGUCGAUUCUUAUUCUUUUAUAAUUAUGUGUGUGAGAAGUAGACUCAUUAAACAGUCCCACACGGAAGCCUUGCCGCAUGCUGAGGCCCGAGCGGGAGGGCGGGGCCACUGCCACAGCCUCAGCAGGGCAGCCGGGGCCGGGCCUGGCAAGAGCCUCCUGCCUGCAAGGGGCCAGAGGCCAGCUGCUCCCUGCUGGCGCCAUGCUCGCCCCCUCUGGUGCCUGUCCUUGUCCACAGGAUCACAAGGGCCAGGCGGGAAGAUCCGUGCCCUCUGCGUUUCUGUCCCAACAGCUAAGACCCAGGGAGGCCUUGGUGGGGCGGCUUGGGCAUUGAGGGUUGCAGUGCUGGGCCAGACUGCCUGCCCCGGCCCUCUCUCCGUCCUUUGGGAAGCCCAAUUCUAAAAAAUGAAUUAGAAACCAAAAACUCAGGCCGAGGCAAUUUCGAGGUCAGCCUCGGCAACUUGAUGACAUCCUGUCUCAAAAAAUAAGGGCUGGACUGUGGCUCAGGGGGACAGCUUGCCUCGGGCCCAGCCCAGCACCACAGGCACAUAAAUCUGAAGACUAUUACCAAACUGCCUCCCAAAGAGAACCCCUCAAAGUACCCUCCCCCCAAGAGAGGCGCAGAGCGUGCCUGCUUCUCUGUUCUGCUCCCAGUACAAUGUGUUACCAAAUGGCAUCAUCUUUGCCAGUCUUACGAGUGGCACCUCUAGGUAAGACUCCAUUGUUCUUUCCUGUGGUGAUCUUUUCAUAUUUUAAAACAUCCGUUUUCUAGUGGUCAUUUGUUUCUGUCCUUUGUCCACCUUUAUUUGACCUGUGGGUCUCAUUGAUUUGUAGGUGCUCUUUAUAUUUGAAGGAAAUCAGUCCGUUGUCAUACAUAUGUCAAUCUCUGUGUGUUGUAAUGGUAAGAAGCUCAGCCAAUGAAUCUUAAAAAACCA